UCGCUAGAUACAAUUUGCUAACAUUUAUUUUUAGUUGCUUGGUGACGCUUUUGAGAAGAGUCUUAGGCGCCAUUAAACAAUGCUUAUGCAUGAUGCAACCAUUAAAACAAGUAACAAAAUAACUGAAAAAUUCUCAUCUUUCAAACUUCAUUUAGUUACAGUUCAUUGAUUUGUCCGACAAGUGCCUUUUUCAAAUACUAUCAUUGAAUUUACUGUUGUUUUAUAAGUUUAAAUAUAAAAUCUUUCUAAUUGUUUGCUAAAUCUUGUAUUACCUUGUAUUCUGUUUCGCCAUGACUGAUCUAAAUGGGUCUUCUAAUCAAACUCUGGAAGUUUCCGAGUCUGCUGAUGAAUUGACGAUCAUAAAUAGAUCAAAGACUUACCAUGUCUCCAAAAAGUUCAUUUGUUCAUCGAUACCAUAUUUUGAGAAAAUGUUUUGCUGUGACUUGUUGGAAGCGAAAGAAAACACAGUUCAAUUGGAUCUUGAUGAACACAGUUUUACUUGUAUACUUAAUUGGAUUCAAUCUGACUCUCUUCAAAUUAAGAUGGAAAACAUUAUUGCCUUGUUUGAUGUAGCCGAUUAUUUGAUGUUGAACGAUCUAUCAAAUGAUUGUUACUCUUAUUUUCAUGCAAAUUUCACCAUUGAACAUCUUCCCAUUAUUAUUCCUCAAGUGACUAAAACAUCUAAACUGAUCAACUCUGGCUCUUUAAACACAUUCAUCUGUCGUCAUUUUUUGAAAAUUGUUAAAACCUUUAAAUUUCUGAAUUUUCCAGUUGAAACAGUAGAGUACAUCUGCAAAUUAGACUUGAUGAUUUCUUCAGAAUACCAAGUUCUUGAGGCAAUUAAUGAUUGGAUUAAAGUUAAAGCUGAUGACAGAAAAAAAUAUCUUCUUCGAUUAUUAAAAUGUAUUCGUUGGUGUUAUGCUGGAACCGAUAUUUCAUCUAAAAUUAUGGAAGUUCCUUAUAUCGCAACAAUUCAAAAUAUUAAUGAAAUUUUGUGUUCUCCUGGUAAUUGUGCACUUAAGUGCACUUCCAAACGCUCUGAUCAAUGUUUGUUGGUGUCCAUUCAUAAAAUUGAUGACACGGUUCUUAGUUUAAGAGUUCUGCAGUCACAAUCUUGGUUACCUGUUGGUAUUUUUAAUUUAGAUGAUUCUAUGUCACUAGAAUUGGUUCAUGGAGAGAACAUAUCAGAUGUUUUAUACGAUUGUGGAACCAAAGGAGUACGAAUUGAUUGGGAAAGCAAGAAAUUCUGUUGGCUCAAUCUUGAAAGUGACGACGAGUCUUAUUAUUUUCAAAUCAACAAAUUGAUUGUUUCCAGUCAGACUGCAUUGAGUACCAUUCUCUACUUGGAAGAUAAUUGCGGCGGAUUUGCAGAUGAUCCAUUCGUUGAACUACUAAAGCUUAAUCCUCCUACUACUUCUAGGCGAAGACUUCUUGUUCCUGAUUCCCCCGACCCUCCUGCGAAUGGCAAUAGGGAAGGUCUUGAAGGUUUUAUGCGUUUGAACAUUAAUGAUCGUGCUUUUGCUAUCUCUGCAUUAGCUCUUCAUUUCCUUGAUCUCAGUCAGGAGGAUCAAAUUGAGUCCGUAAAUUUUUCUACUGGUUAUCCAAUCGUACGUUACGCCUCUGGUCAAAUUGCAACUUCCCCGACUUCUGCAGAAAAUGAUGGGAGACUGCUGCUCGAGUCUGAUGGCAAAUAUAUUGUGGUUGGAAAAAGUAACGAUGACAAGUUUUACGCUCUUUUUCCCGUUUGUAAUCAUGAAUGGUUCAUGGUGAAAAAUUAUGUGAAGUAUGAUGAAAGAUCUUUUAUCGCUACUGCUUUAGGGUCCAAUAUUUUUAUUUUGACAAAGAAGCUGAGAUUUAUUCAGUUUAAUUAUGAAACCAAUGUAUACAAAAAGACUGCACCAUUCAAUGGCAACGUACUUAAAUUUUUGGAUUUAAUCAUCACUUCUCGUCAAGACAACGAUAAUAAAAUAGUUUUGAUCGAUAAAUCGUGUGGAAAAAUUCACAUUUUCAACAUUGACAGUCAAACCUGGACUGAAACUAGUAUCAGCAAUCGUGCGCCGAAACAAAUUGAUCCAAAGGAUUGCAUUCUGGCGGCAACCUCAGUCUUUUUGCCAUUAAACAAAAUCAAAUAUUGCUGUGAACGGAAUUCAGUUUAUCAGAUCAUAUGAUCACCAGAUAUGUCUUAAAUAUUAAUUUCAUUUUUGUAUUCGUUUGUCAAUGUUUGCAUUCAUUAAAAUUUGAUUUUCAUAAUC